UACUGCAAUCUGUGAUAUAAACAAUAAAUAUCUUAAUACUUCUGAUAUUAGAAAGGUACAGUCAUCGUCAAAGAUUAUGAUGAGAACUAUCUGUGUAUGUAUCAAUCUGAUAUUGUUGGUGAUUGUGCAUGCCCAGAAUGAGUUCGUUCCUGUUGUUCUAAAAGAUUGCUAUUCGUACGAAAAUAUGGACAAUUUCCUAACCAUUGGAACAUUGGAACAGAUCAGAUGUUUGCAGCAGUAUAUGUUAACCUCAAAAAAUGGUAUCAUCCAACAUAAACUGAAUGAUUUACUUCGAAUCCCUGUCAGCAUGACGUAUUCACAAAAUGGCAGGAAACAGAUGUUGGACAUCUUACCAAUGAGUGAAAGGAAAAUCUAUAACUUUCGUCCAGAAACGUUCAAACACCUAACGGGUUUAAUAAAGAAUCGCGUCAAAAGGUCAAAGAGACAUACAUUGAAAUCCGGUCAAACACGAAAUCCACUAUCUGACAGUGUUCCGGAAAUUUCACAUUCGCCUAUUCUUGGUCAACUAUUUCCGACUCAUUGGAAGAACUAAUAUGACACAAGAACGAUUCGUAACGCCUCGGAUAAUACAUGAACCUCUAGUUCUUUGGACCAAACUGACAACUGUCACAUAUAAAUAAACAUCCCUCGUGAGGAUUUCAAUUAUCCGAUCGUCAAGUUGAUAUUGUGAUUACUUGCGACAAGAUGUAAACAUUUAUAUCCGUGUAUAUUUCUAAAUGUGCUGAGACAGAUACCAUUAUUUUAAUAUAUUAUCAUGCUUAAGGCAAUGGCUAAUUAUGUAGUUACUAUUUUACUACCUGGAUGAUUUUAAA